AUGCAUAGAGGUCUUGGCUGGCCGAGCUUGAUGCAGGUGGCUACGGGUCAAGAGGCCUUGAUGAAGAUCACCUCGACGCCUGAUCACCAGGAAACCUGUCAGGUCACCACUCCUACUGGGAAGUAUUAUUGGCCUCUAAAGAUGCAAAGAGGUCUUGGCUGGCCGAGCUUGAUGCAGGUGGCUACGGGUCAAGAGGCCUUGAUGAAGAUCACCUCGACGCCUGAUCACCAGGAAACCUGUCAGGUCACCACUCCUACUGGGAAGGUGUUUGAUGUGUCCUCCCCUCCUAGCGAUAGAUUCGAAAAAUGGGGUGACGGUUGCGGAGUCAGGGUCCGAAGGAUUGAAGAAGGAGACGAGGGUCGCUGGAGACUGAAUGCUACGGGCGGUGGCGAGUCCAUGACGGGAUGGAUUGAGGUCUAUGUUGAAGAAUACACGUCUUCGUAUGCAGCCCCGCCCAUUUAUCUACAAGAUGGCGACACUAACCAGGACAUCGAGUUGACUAGUCUCGACAACUCAUACUGUCUAGUUGCUCAGCCUUUCUCUGAGAGUUCCUUGAUACCAGGGCAUUGUCGAGUCACUUUGGAUAAGGCGACUAGAGCAGUUCAGGGAGAUUGGAGCGUUCUCAUUGGUCUACCGGGAAAAAUUGCUGAACUGCACAUGGAUAGGAGAGUGGCAGUAGAAGCUGAACGUCUCAACGUGGGUUUCAUUCACGACUCUAAUACGAACAAAAUCCAUCUCUUCUGCAACAUCCUGCAUACAAGCAAGAACAUCACGUUCUGCCGUUUCCAGAAGACUAGCAACUCUCUGGGAUAUAACGUUAUGGAGGGCUUGAGUGAUGGUGUGCACAGUUACUACGGCGAUGGCUUCGUUGCCAAACACUGCGGAAUGACCAUAGAGUCGCCGACUGCCAGCGACUACGGCACGUGGCGAUGCUCGGUGGGCUCCCAGCAGUGGGUGGGCAACGCGCUAGUCAGGCAGACUCCCAUGCAAGCGCUUAUUAACGUCGUGGCCACUCAUUAUACUGAACGUCUCAACGUGGGUUUCAUUCACGACUCCAAUACGAACAAGAUCCAUCUCUUCUGCAACAUCCUGCAUACAAGCAAGAACAUCACGUUCUGCCGUUUCCAGAAGACUAGCAACUCUCUGGGAUAUAACGUUAUGGAGGGCUUGAGUGAUGGUGUGCACAGUUACUACGGCGAUGGCUUCGUGGCCAAACACUGCGGUAUGACCAUAGAGUCGCCGACUGCCAGCGACUACGGCACGUGGCGAUGCUCGGUGGGCUCCCAGCAGUGGGUGGGCAACGCGCUAGUCAGGCAGAGUCCCAUGCAAGCGCUUAUUAACGUCGUGGCCACUCAUUAUACUGCUCCAAGGGCAUUAGAAGAAGAGAAAGCAGACGCGGAAAUAAGGACAGUAUUCGUUCAAGAAGACAGAAGCUUCACAGUGACGUGUCGCGCUGAGCAGUCGCUGUCUUACUGCUGGUUCUUACACCCCAAUGGAACACAGUUCUCAGCGGUGCCGCUGCUUGACGAAAAUCAACCUUUUUGGUAUACAGGUGAGAGCCUUCAAACCGGCGAUUGUGGGAUCACCUUUUCACACGCCUCCGAAAGCGAUUCUGGGGACUGGGUGUGCCAUAUGGGCGUGACAGACCAACGUGGAAUCGAACUUACGGACCGAGUUAUCGUUCGCGUCACUGGUCCACUGGCCGCUAAUAAGAAAGAGAUAGGUGUCCAAGUAGGAUAUAAUGCUACUUUGUACUGCCAUACGUCGAAUGGCAACCGGCCUUUGGACUACUGCCGGUUCUUAAGUCCGAACUAUGUGGGGAUCAGCAUCGAUUCUACUGUGACUUCGGAUGCGGCGAUACUGGGUCGAUACUACUUCACGCCCGGUCGCAGUCUGGACUAUGGGGAUUGUUCGCUGACCAUCUCGAGUGUCGAAUCUGAGGACAUCGGCGCUUGGACGUGUGCGGCGCUGAUCAAUACUGAUACUUUGGAGUCGAAGGACGAUAUGACGCUUUUCGUGGAUGAGACGAUUCAGACCCCUAGGACGCUGUCACAAGCUGGCAUUGUAGGUAUGGCUGUUGCAGCUCUAGCAUUAGUAGUGCUACUAGCUGGCGUGAUAUGGUACAAGAAGGGAACGCUAUGGAGAAGGAACCGAGGGUCUUCAAGCACUGGCAACGUGCCCUUCGACCUCAUGUCAAUGAGUUCUCCUUCAGUGCCCAGGAGUAGUAAUUCCACCACAAGUAGCCAAGGCAAUAGUGUUAACGAAGAAGGGACGAGCGGGGAUAUGGGUGUGACGAGAAACCCUGAUGUUAGGACUGAGACGAUACCCUGAAUUGAUCCGUUUGAUGAUAUACGGACAGAGAAAUAUACGGAAACUUUAUGAAAUAAAGUGUGUUGUACAAGAUA